AUGCCGGAGGAAGGCGGCUCAAACGAGGUAGACUUUACCAAGUAUUGCGUCCUGCAAAGUAAUGAUCAGCCACCGGAAGAGUUAAAGAUCCUUCGGGAAGCGGCGAUGAUGUCUGGUCUGCUAAAGGACAUGCUUGAUGAUCAAGGUGAUAUGGAGCCAAUCAUUCCUAUUCCAAACGUCUCUGGACGCACGCUGCGGCUGGUGAUUGAGUACAUGGAGCAUCACUACCAGAACAGAGCCGAACCCAUUGAGAAACCGCUUAAAUCAAAGAUUGACACCAUCAUUUCCCCGUGGGAUCAUGACUUUCUGUUCACGCACCUUGUCAAGAACCAUGACGAGAAGCAGCAUGAGGUGCUCAUUGAUGUCAUCAUGGCGGCAAACUUCCUGAACAUAAAGGACCUGCUAGACCUAACGUGUGCGUGCGUCGCCAGCAUGAUUCGUGGGAAGACGGCGGAGCAGAUUCGCGCCCUGUUCAACAUUGAGAGUGAUUUCACACCAGAGGAAGAGGAGAAAAUCCGUGAGGAAAACAGGUGGUGUGAGGAGGCAUAG